UUCUAUGAUUUCCAUUCUACAAAAUUUACUCGAGGAAGAAUCAUGUCGCUAAUUUUGCUGAUUUUGUCUCUUUCUCAAAUAUUCUCGAUAUCUGAAGCGUUAUCGUUUCAGGAAUUUACAACGGUAAACGUGGCACAAAAGGCGGGACUGGAAAAGUUAUCGUCAAAAUUGAAGAAUAAAUUACCGCAUGAAUAUAUGAAGAGGGAUAUUUAUUUAUUGCGAUUUUUGAGAGACUCCGACUUUGACGUGGAUGCGGCUGAAACGAGAAUUCUCGGUUUUAUGGAAUGGCGCCAGAAAAAUAAUAUUGACCUCGUCUUAAAAGAGGAAUUUCCAGAGUAUGACGCCGAAUAUAGGGUCAUAUACGAGGGGUGUGACAAGGGGGGAAAUCCAGUCAUCUCAUUACCGAUUGGAGACUGGGAUUUGAGGCGAAUCGUUAUUGCGGGAAAAUCAAAAAAGUUUGUCCGCUACGUUCAAAAGAUAUUGGAGGAAGGGACCGGAUUUUUAAGAUGGGGGCAAGAAGAAGGCUUUAAUAUGACGCAAGCCACAAUUUUAUUUGAUCUCAAGGGUGUCAAUUUGGUCACGCACGUUUGCGGAGGAUGUAUUCCAAUGUACUUGGAGCUCCUCAGUUUCUCACAGACGUACUAUGGCGGAUUUGCGCACAAAAUUCAUGUUCUAUAUGCCCCAGAAUUCUCUCUUUCGAUUUGGGACUUGUAUAAAAACCUCCUGACUUCUAGCGUCGCAAAAUUGCUUGAAAUCCAUGGAACCCAGAAACACGUCUUCGCUAAAGAGUUAUCUCGAGAAAUUGACCCAUCACAAUUAACCCAACGCUACGGCGGCGUAAAAUUAGAGGGUGUGGAUCUCAGCUCGAUGCGAUCCGCCGCACCGCCAGCCUUCUUGGCGAAUCCGUUCAGUUUGAAGUUGAAGGAGAAAAAUAUUACAGACUUUUGUGGCAUCGACUGGCCGAGAAUUGAAAAUAUCAUUGCUGAAUCGUUUCAUAAAUGAGGUGGAAAUAUUAAAGUUUGGAAAUAAAAAAUAUAUACUUUUAUAUA